AAAACCCCAAGCGACCUCCGCCUCCCCACACCACCAGUCGGAUCGUCGGGCACAAGCUCAAGCGGCGGCGGCGGCGAAGAGCGAGCGCCAGGCGCGGGGUCGCAUCGGGCGGGAGGACGGAGAAUAGUUCGGCUUCCGCCCUCUUCCGGGAACAGAGAUGCCGCUGUACGACUGCAUGCUGCUGGUGAAGCCGCUGGUGACCAGGGAGGCCAUGUCGGAGCUGGUGGCGCGGGUGGCGCGCCGCGCGUACCAGCGCAACGGGGUCGUCACCGACGUCAAGUCCUUCGGCAAGGUGCAUCUCGGGUACGGCAUCAAGAAGCUCGACGGCCGCCACUACCAGGGCCAGCUUAUGCAAAUGACCAUGAUGGUUCCACCUUCCUUCACUCAAGAACUUCACUAUCUGAACAAGGAGGACAGGCUGCUUCGCUGGCUGGUUGUGAAGCAUAGAGAUGCAGUAUACGGUCUGGAGUUCAUCAACGAGGAUGAUGGGAGGAACGAGAUGAGCGGUUUCAGUCUUGCUCAUAAGAAAGCUGACUACGAUAUCGAAGAAUGCUCCGAUGACUCUGAGUCUGAGUUCCUGUCAUCCUCCGACGAGGAUUCUGAGGAAUACAAGUAUGAGGGCGAGGAGGAGGAGAAGUAGAAUUGCUUCUCCAGAUUUCUGCAGUUUCAGUCUGUAUUGGCAGAUAUCUUUUCUUACAAACCAUAUGUUGUCUUCCUAAUAUCACUCGCUAUAGUAGGAUGAGAAUUGACAAGCAGAACCUCUGAACUUGAUUGCCACAUAUUUUUGCAUCCCAGAGUAUGCCUGUAAUAUGAAGUUUCUGGCGUGCUCUUGUUCUGGCAAAGCAUGUUGUAUGACCCUGUACGGUAGGUUUGAAUAAGCUACAAAUCUUUUAGUGCUAA